CGACAUCUUUCUGUCACAGACCAAUGUUAUCAAGAUGGCGUUACGGCCAGGAUCUGGGGGAGGUGGCAGUUUUAUUUAUCCUGUUGGAGGGGGCCUGGGACCGCCACAAGGCAUGAUGCCCAUACAGCAGCAGCAACAACAGCAGGGUUUCCCUGGGAUGGUCCAAGUCCAAAUGCAGCCCAACAUGCAAGGGAUGAUGGGAAUGAACUUCGGAGUCCAGAUGCCUCCUGGUGCCAUGCCUAUGCAGGGUGGGAUGACCAUGGGGAUGCAGGCCCCUGGGAUGCAGUUCAUGGGCCAGCCGCAGUUCAUGGGCAUGAGGGGCCCCGGGCCCCAGUACACUGCCGACAUGCAGAAACAGAUGGCUGAGGAACACCAGAAGCGUCUGGAGCAACAGCAGCGGAUGCUGGAGGAGGACAGGAAGAGGAGGCAGUUUGAGGAGCAGAAACAGAAGCUGAGGCUGCUGAGCAGCGUCAAACCCAAGGGACAGAUGGGGGCGAGUCGGGACGACGCGCUGGAGGCCAUCAAAGGCAACCUGGACGGGUUCAGCAGAGACGCCAAGAUGCACCCCACGCCAUCCUCACACCCCAAGAAGCCAGACUCAUCGCCAUCCCACUCUUCUGUCACCUCUCAUCCCCCUGCUUUUGAUGAUGACGAGUUUAGUGACUUUAUGCAGGGGCCCGUAGAUGCCUCUUCCUCCUUCCCUUCCUCCUCCCUCUUCCCCUCCUCCUCCCAGGUCCAUCCCCAGUCUUUAGACCCAGGUUGUAGUCAGAUACCCUCUUUCCCCCCCUCCUCCCAGGUCCAUCCCCAGUCUUUAGACCCAGGUCGUAGUCAGAGACCCUCCUUCCCCCCCUCCUCCCAGGCCCAUCCCCAGUCUUUAGACCCAGGUCCUGGUCAGAGAUCCUCCUCCCAGUCCCUCCCUGCCUCUGUGUCCAUUCCUACUGCCACCCAACACUCUACUGGAAACUCCAGCUCUCAAUCUGCAUUUCAAGGCCCGUCCCUGGAAGAGAAACUGUUCUCCUCGUGUGAUUUAACGGCUGAAAAGAAGGCCCAGGUUAGCUUUAAGUCCCAGAGGACCCUGGCCCCUUACAGAGCUACAGUCUCGGCCCAGUUUCACUCCAGCACCAAGGCCCGGAACUGGGCUGAGGCUCCUGGGGAGCUGAGUUCUGCCUUCACUAUAGAAACACCACAACCAGAGGCACCAGCACAGGGGCCCACAGCCCCCUCACCGCAAGCCGACAUCCCUCCUCCUCAAACCAGUAGUGACGGUGCAGGUGUUGGUGGGUACCCUCAGCCCAUGGUACCAGGCUGGCUCUACAACGACAGCCUCAUCCCAGAGAUGUUCAAAAAGGUCCUGCAGUUCACCAUGACUCCGGGGGGCAUCGACACAGCCAAGCUCUACCCCAUCCUGAUGUCCUCAGGCCUGCCCAGGGAAGCACUGGGCCAGAUCUGGGCCUCAGCCAAUCGCACCACACCUGGCAUGCUGACCAAGGAGGAGCUCUACACAGUCCUGGCUCUGAUUGGUGUGGCACAGAGUGGUCUUCCAGCCAUGAAUGUGGAGAUCCUGAGCCAGUUCCCCUCUCCCCCAGUGCCCAACCUGCCUGCCCUGGCUAUGGCUAUGGCCCCUGUCAUGCCCCAGCAGCACCAACACCAGCAGCCCAUGAUGACUCAGACCCCCGUCCCUGUGUCCAUGGCCAUGCCUACCCCAGCACCAGCGGUCAUGGGCAGGGCUCCUCCUGGAGCUCCUCUACCCUCUGCCCAACUUCCCACCAACUUCAUCACCAACUUCCCACAUUUGCAGGGGAAAGCAGACGAGGAUGACUUCCAGGACUUCCAGGAGGCCCCCAGGGCAGGAGGAGGGGACCAGUCCUUCACUGAAUUCCAGGGGGAGUCAGGGCAAACCUUCCCCACCAACACACCUUCUCUGCACCAGAACAGUGCUCCUGCCAUUCUGACUCCGGUCUCUGGCUCCUCCUCAUCAUCUUCUGAUAAGUAUGCUGUCUUCAAGCAGCUCUCGGUGGAGCAGCCUCCAGAGCCCUCUCAGCCUGCCUCAGAUUUUGGCGGAGACAAAUACAGUGUGUUCCGACAGCUAGAGCCACCAGGUGACAGGAAACCAGUAGUUUCCGAUGGGGACAGCAGCUCUCACGACUCCAGGGAAGGAUUUGCCGAUUUCAAGUCUGUCAGCGUGGAUGAUGGCUUCACAGACUUUAAAACCUCCGACAGCAUCUCUCCACUAGACCCUCCAGACCAGGCCAAGAUGUUUCAGCCAGCCUUCCCUCCUGCUUUCCCUAACUCUCAGUCUCUACCGCAACUACAAAAUCAGCUACAUCUACAUCAACAACAACCAGCAGUCUCUCUCUCUCAGCCUAAAAAUCCUCUCAACAUGGCUGACCUGGAUCUCUUCUCCUCUAUGGCUCCUUCAGCCCCCACCCCUGCUGAGACCAAGCCCAGUCCCUUCCCCUCUGUGCCCCCCUCCCUAGUGCUCCCACCAGGUGGGGCUAAGCCCCCUGGGGGAGGGGCUGAGGACUUUGGCAACUUUGCCCUCUUUGGCCCCGCCUCGUCUUCUGAGGCUGUUCCUAUUGGCACUGCUCUGGGAGGGGGCGUGGCAGCAUCUCAGGAUGACUUUGCAGACUUCAUGGCUUUCGGCAGCUCUGGGGGGGAGGCCAAGGGUGAGGGGUUGAGGUCUGGAGAGGGCAGGGCAGAGGGGAGAGAAGAGACCACCAUCGCUCCACAGCUGCCCCAGCAGGGCUCUGACAAGUACGACGUGUUCAAGCAGCUGUCUCUGGAGGGAGGCUUGGCGUACGACGACAACAAGGAGAGUGCCGGCGGCUCGUUCUCGUCACUCAGGAGCGAAGCAGACGACUUUGCCGACUUCCAGUCAUCCAAGUUCUGCACGGCGCUGGGGGCCUCGGAGAAGAGCCUGGUGGAUAAGGUGUCAGCCUUCAAACACGGCGGCAAGGAGGACUCGGCUUCAGUUAAGUCCCUAGACCUCCCAUCCAUCGGGGGCAGCAGCGUGGGCAAAGAGGACUCUGAGGACGCUCUGUCAGUGCAGCUGGACAUGAAGCUGUCGGACAUGGGUGGAGACCUGAAGCACGUGAUGUCAGACAGCUCUCUGGACCUGCCGGGUCUCUCGGCCCACCAUCCCCCCGCCUCAGAAGGAGACGACGUAAAGUUUAACCCCUUCGGAACGUCAGCAGUCAGCAGCGUGGCCAGCUAUGAUUGGUCAGAAAGAGAGGAAUGCCUGUGCGCUCAGGAUCAGGCCAAGAAGCAUCUGGGCCUGGACGGUGUUGGUGUUUCCUCCUCUUUCCCCUCAGACAUAGUCCAGACGUCGUUCGGCAGCACAGAGAACAUCCCCAUCACACACAUCGCCCAGACUAAGAUCACCACCUUCUCAACAGAGGAUAGUGUGUCGACCGACAGCAAGUUUGAGGCCUUCGCUGACUUUGGCUCUUGUGAGCCGGAAGGUUUGGGUGGGGAUGAGAAUGAUGACUUUGGGGACUUUGCCAGCACGGUGUCAGCGAAGUCAGACUCCCCCGCGGCAGUGGCCGAGCCGGGCUCCGAGGGGAACCUGAACGAGGCCUCGGAUGAGUUCAGGGCCUUUCAGGGGGACAAGGCCAAGUUUGGGAAGUCUGACUUUUUGAAGGCCAGCUCUCAGACCAAGGUCAAGUCCAGUGAAGAGAUGAUCAAGAGCGAACUGGCCACCUUUGACCUCUCUGUACAAGGCUCCCACAAGCGUAGCCACAGUUUGGGGGAGAAGGAGAUUGGACGCUCGCCCCCCUCCCCGGCCCCGGAGCAGCCCUUCAGAGACCGCUCCAGCACCCUGAGUGAGAAGAAGCCUGCCCUGCCCGUCAUCAGAGACAAGUACAAGGACCUGACUGGGGAGGUGGAGGAGAGUGAGCGCUAUGCAUAUGAGUGGCAGAGGUGUCUGGAGAGUGCUGUACAGGUCAUCAUUAAAGCCAACAACACCCUAAACAGCAUCAGCUGCUCUACUGUUUGCACUGAGGUCAUCCAGUCUGCUCAGGGCAUGGAUUACCUACUGGGUGUGGUGGAGGUGUACCGCGUGACCAAGCGUGUGGAGCUGGGUAUCAAGGCCACAGCCGUAUGUUCUGAGAAGCUGCAGCAGCUGCUGAAGGACAUCAGCCGCGUCUGGAACAACCUCAUGGGCUUCAUGUCCCUGGCCAACCUGGCGCCUGAUGAGAGCUCACUGGACUUUUCCUCCUGUAUCCUGAGACACGGCAUCAAGAACGCCAAGGAGCUGGCCUGUGGGGUGUGCCUGCUCAACGUGGACUCACGCAGCAAGAGCAAAGAAGAGACAACUAUUGGACGUCUGUUUAAAAGAGCACUGGCUAAAGACCAUGACAAGAGGUUAAGGGCUUUCAACUCAGAGACGGACAACUUCAAGCUGCCGUACGGGGGCCACCAGUACCACGCCAGCUGUGCCAAUUUCUGGAUUAACUGCGUGGAGCCCAAACCGCCGGGCCUCAUUCUGCCCGACCUGCUCUGAACUGCAGACACCGCUGCCAUGGCAACGGGCGCCAGAGGUACUCUGUGCUCUUUGCGGCGAUGAAGAAGUGCAAAUCUGCUGGUUUGUACAAAUUCAAGGCUUGACACAGUAAAGACUAUUCUGUAUCAUAAUGUAUUGUAAAAUUAUACUUUAUAAAUGGUGUCAUUUUCUCUCUUUUUUUCCAUUGUCUGGUCUCAUAUACAGUAGAAUGCAAGUUGGCCUUUUAGCAUCGAUGCUUAUGCGACUUCCCUGGCAGGAUUUAUUUUGUCAAACAUUAUUCAGAUAAUUAACCAAUGUUGUGCUACGGUAACCCAAAGGAGGUCUAGUCCCUAUGUCAGAGCAGGAGAAAAUGUGCACAGUUAUAUGAAUGGGGUAAUGGGUUUCAACAUUUUCUGUACUGCACUCUUUCUGUGAAUAAGUCCAUAACAAACUAUUAAAACUGUGCAAUAUACUACUAAUGAAGGAACUUGGAGACAAACUGAAGUGUAAGGCUAUCUGUCAAUUCCCUUGAUUGUCACUUGUUGCUUGGUUACUCUUUAAUGCUUGAGCUCAGCAAAGAAAGAGGGACUUUAUUGGUGUUUGGGUCUUAAAGUAGUAUUUUCUCCUCUCUGUUCUUCUCGAAUCAGGGUUGUGGUAUCAUCACACUGCUGGAACUGGAUCCAUUUUAAGGUCGGGUCUCUAAAAGGAGAGUCUAUGGUUGCUAACAUUUGAAUUGAUAUUUAACGUUUUAAGUAUUGUGUGACAUUGACUGCUUUUUAAUGUCUUUGUAUUGUUUGAUAAGGACUGCUUUAUCUAAACGAAUGUUCAUGUCCUGUUUGAACAUUUUUGUGACAUUGGGGCUUGAAAGGGAGUCUUAAUUCUUAAAGAUUGUUGGCCGUGGGUUUUGUUUUUCUGUCUUGCUGUGCCAGUGUAUAUAUAUAUACUCGCGCUGUUGACGGGGAUGUUUUUGCAGAUCUAAGUCUUGAAUGAAGUCAACUGUGAUUAUGGACUAUUGCAGCAGCUCUUUGUGAGGAUUACAGUAUCAUAGUAUUGUAAUUGCAAUGACUAACUGUAAUGUGAAGUGAUGACAUUUACAUAAAUAAUACAUUGAUGCAUAAAUUAAA